AUGGCCCGCCCGGCCUUCUCCAUCUCGCCCUCCAAGCCGGGCUCCGACCUCGCGGGCGAGUCCGCCGCCGCCUUCGCCGCCGCCUCCAUUGCGCUGCGCGACUACGACGCCGGCCUCGCCAACGAGCUGGUGGAGCGCGCGCGCGAGCUGUUCGCCCUCGCCAACGACUACCGCGGGAAGUACUCCGACUCCAUCACCGACGCCGCCAACUUCUACGCCGCGGCGUGGCUAGCCCGCGCCACAGGGGAGCAGUGGGUGCUGGACCUGGCGGAGAACUUCUACUCGUGGUACGGCAUCCAGUGGAACAACGGCUUCGGCUGGGACGCCAAGGGCUCCGGCGCCGACGCCGUGCUCGCCGGCAUCACCGGCAAGCAGGUCUACACCGACAACCUCCGCUCCUACUGCGACCACCUGCUCUACUCGCAGCAGCGCACGCCCAAGGGGCUCGCUGCGCGUCUGAACAUCAACUCCAAUACGUAUUGGAACUUCGUGAAGGAGCAGAUCGACUACAUGCUGGGCGACAGCGGGCGCAGCUACGUGUGCGGCUUCGGAAACAACCCACCCCUCAGGCCACAUCACCGCGGCAGCUCGUGCCCGUCGGACGUGUGCACGGCGAACACGUGCAACUGGAACACGUUCGGCGACAGCGGGCCCAACCCCAACGUCCUGUACGGCGCGCUCGUGGGCGGGCCCGACGAGUGGGACAACUACGUGGACAGGCGCGACGACGCCGUGCAGAACGAGGUGGCGCUCGACUACAACGCCGCCUUCCAGGGCGUCGUCGCCGCCCUCGCCGCGCGCUACGCCUGA